UACCUAGAAACUUGACAAUAGCGAGGCCACUUUGUUUCCUGAGAUUUCGUAUAAUAUAUAAGCUGACAUUUUUCGUUUGCCUAACAUUCAACGCAUUAUAUUCCAAGAAUCCACAUCAAAAUGAUCGCUAAGUUUGUUGCCGUUAUCUGCCUGUUUGGCCUGACCCGCGCCAGCGGCUGGCAUGGAAGUGGCCUUGGCUACGCAUCAGGCUUAGGCUAUAGCUCUGGCAUCGGCUAUGGAUCAGGCUACGGUUACGGCGGCUACGCUAGCUAUGUGGCCCCUGCCUACACUGCUCCAGUAGUAGCCAAGACUAUUGUAGCAGCUCCUGUCAUCAAGGCUGUUGUUCCCGCCGUCGUUCCCGCAGUAUCAUACGCCCCAGCGAUCUCUACUGUCUCUCGCUACCAAGUACAUUCAUCGCCUAUUGUGAAGUCUUAUGUAGCCCCUGUUUCUUACGCGUCAUAUGCGCCUUACACCGUGUCGUACAGCCAAGGUUAUGGUGCUCAUGACUACAGCGGUCUUGGCUACGCUAGCCACGGCUAUAGCUCCGGCUACGGUUAUGGAUCUGGUUACGGCUACGGUUCAGGCUACGGUCACGGCGCUAAAUACCUCUGUUCCAUUAUUGAAAAUGAUCCCUUCCAUCAAAAUAUUACCUACAUCAACCUUAUCGUCGCAGUAGCUAUCUGCCUCUUUGGCUUGGCCCAUGCAGGAGCCCUGUACAACAGCGGCUACUCCGGCCAUGGAGGAUACGGCGGCUAUGGAGGCUACGGCGCCGGCUACGGCAACGGCUAUGGAUACGGAGGCUAUGGUGCCGGCUACGGAGGUUACGGCCCAGCUACCUCAUACACUUCAGUAACCAAAGUGGUCCCUGAUACCGGAGCUCAUGGUGGAUACUACGGCGGUCACGGUGGAUACUCUGGCGCUCUUGGUGGUUACAGUGGUCUUGGAUACGGCGCUCAUGGUUACAACAACCUGGGUUACGGCGCUCAUGGUUACAACGGUUACAAUAACCUUGGUUACGGAGCUCAUGGUCUUGGUGAUGCUGUAUCCUCAGUGUCUGUUUACAAAGAGCACUCUCCUAGCUACUCUGGUGCGUACGGUGGUUAUGGUGGAUACGGCUAUGGUGGCUAUGGACAAGCCGGUUACGGUAACGCUCUUUACGGAAACAAACUUGGAUGGUAAUCCAACAACGUUGAACUUUAAAUCCGUGUAAAUAAAAUGAAACCGUACUUAUGAGUAUCAAUGGAAAGCCAUACACUGCCAAUGUAUGUAAAUAAAUUAAUAAAAUGUGCAAUAACUUGAAAAUAUCAAUGAAAAUAAAAAUCUGACCAUCUCCAUAAA